UUUAGGAGGAAAAUGAGUCGUUGAAAAUGACUCUUGUUUUUGAAGAAAGAAAGAUGAAGAUGUGUGAGGACAAGAUAGUUGCUCAAGACAAAAAGAUUACAGAAGUGAGGAAGACUGCUAUUGAGGUAGAGAAGAGUGUGAAUCUUCAAGUGCACAACACUAUCGAGAACCACAUUGCCAAGUUUCUCAAGUUCAACACCUUCAAUAACAUUGUUAACCUCUAUCGGCUACCCACUACAAUUCUUGCGUUUAUGAAUUACAUGGAGAGGGUAAGGGCCCAACAUCCUAAGUUGGAUGUGACCAUCCUUACCUUCGGAGAUCAAGAAGGAAGAGUGGAGGAGAAUGGUGAAAAUAAGACAGUUGACUUCCGUCCCAAUGUCAAGCUGAAGUAGGAUCAUGACAGUGAUGGCCACACCAUUUUCCUCCAAACUUUGACUUCAACUUCAUCAUAAUGGAGGAAAAGGAAGCAGAAGAGGAUGAAGUUGAGGUGAGUAACAAUGAAAGGGAAUAGGAGGUGAACCAAUGACCUUCUCCAGCAAAGUAACUAACCUUAGUUUCGAUUUUGUACUUUGUUUUAAGUUUUGAAUAGAUUGGUUGUAAUUUUUGCUCAUUUAUUUCAUUAAUACAUUGGAAUUUGUUCU